GUGAAAGCAAACAUGGUAUGAUUUAACUAUGAGUCACAGAAGCAUAAUAGUAAGGUCAAAAUAUACUCAUAUUUUUAUAAAAAUGAUUGCUAUAGAUCUCAAACAGAAAAGGUAACACCCUACUUGGACAUAAUUUAUUACUUUUCAAAGGGAAUUAUUUAGCAUUGCAACAGACAAAACGGUUAAAGUCAAAGUAGGAGAAGCAGAUAUAUCACAACAAACUGGCCACCAUGUGUGAAAUCACAGGUGUUUCACUUUAAUGUGGCACAUGACAAGUAUCAGUACCAUAUACAGGUGUGUACAAGGUUAAUGUGGGCUAACUAUAGUGCAUUCUGGUGCCAGUCUUUUAAAUGACUGUUUCAGCUCUUUGGCAAGAGAGCUAGUCACACAGGUCAUUGGUUUUCAAAGUGUGGUCUGGGGAUCCCCAGGGAUUAUUGAGAGGGCUCCAAGAGAUCCCCUGCAAACAAAAGGAAUUAUUUAUUUUCACUAUUCCACAUAUCCAUAAGCACCACAAUGACAGAAUAUAUGAACCUUUUGGUCAUGAGUUUCAUGCACUUUCUGGAGUAAAAUGUUUUAAAGCAAAAUCAGAUGGAGACCCUUGAAUAAAAAAUAAAAACUUUGACAAAUUUCUUGGCUUUGUUUGAAACUGUGUUUCUGGCCACUCCAAUAUUCUCUUUCAUUGUAGCUCUGUUUCUGAUCUCCACCAACUUCUGAGAAAUAUCUGUCAGUCCACCAUGUUCGCCAGCUGCUAAGCUUGUCUGUCUGCCUUUUGGUGUUUAGCAGGUAGUGUACAGAAUCUUUUUUUCCUCUCUGAAAACAGCUGCUGCUGGUUAAUGAGAGCAAUGAAACUGAACUGAAACGGUAAAGCUGUAGCUGUACAACCAAAACAAUAAGCUGAAAGACUCUAAAAGGCUCUGUGCAAAUGAGAGGAACUGCAGAGCAGGGUUUGUAACUGCAACUGACCCAUUUCACACAGUAUACAUUUACACAUUUUCAAGACAGUCUAUAACAAAUGUUUCAUGAAUAGAUUUUCCGGAUCAGCGGGUUUGAAAGUGCCCCAAAUACCGUACUGCCAACUGACAUAGGUAAUCUUCUAUAUCAUCUACAUUCACAGAGUAAUCUAGUUACUGUACUAACUAAAUACUGAAUCGAAUCUAGUGGUGCUUUCACAAAAUGAUCAUCCGUCAGUUUGUGGUGCUGAUGCAGCAUCCCGUCCUACCGCACCUUUCUCCCCCCUCCUCCUCUUCUUCUCGCAGCCCUAUUGGCAGCAUCCGCUCUCAUGUUAUUGGUGUACUGGCUGCUGUUGAAUUCCGUAUUUACUCUCAGGACGACCCCUCCCACAGCACGGUGCAACCCGACCUGCAGGUGAACAGUUCAGCCGCAGCUUCCCCGCUUCCUCCUUACACUCCGGGUAGAUCGUCUGUCGAAAGGAAACGCUACACUUGACUUCCAAAAGAGCGAAGUUGCUUUUAGGUUUUUUGUUGUUGUUGUUGUUGUUGUUUUUAAGAUUCACGUUCGGGACCCGGUCCUGCACGGCGUGCGGAGAGCGCGUCUGGAUCUGAAGGCAGCGGCAGACCAGAUGAUGGUUUCAAUAGGCAGCAGGGUGGGCGUAAAGUUCAUCCACCAUCAGAGGCUUGUAAACCUGACAUGUGCACAUCCAGUGAGAAAGUAACCUGAGAGCCCAUCCUGAGGGAGCACCAGGAUGCAUCCCCCUGUGUCGCAGCUUUUGUGCAAGACCGAUGUUGGAGGCAGCUGUUGCAACCUUGUCGCUGCAGCCUUGCUGUUCUCCCUGUAUCUUGGCUUUCCUCCCUCUGUGGCCACUUGCCCACCAUCCUGCAUUUGUGCCAGUGAUAUAAUUUCUUGUAGCGGCAGCAAUCUCUCUGUGCUGCCCUUUGAUCUCCCAAGCUAUGCCACACGGCUGGACCUUGGCCACAAUGCCCUCACUGUCUUGCCCGUUGACUGGAUAUCCCAACCAUCUGACCGGCUUGCUACUGUGGUUCUCAGCUGGAACUUCAUUAACCAAAUUGAAGUGAAUGCCUUCACUCUUACACCACAUCUUCUCCACCUGGACCUCUCUUCCAACCGAUUAACAGUGCUUAACUCGUCCAUCUUCACUGGUUUGAAGGAACUGAAAGAGCUGCUGCUGUUUGGCAACCAAAUUAUCCAGAUUAACCCAGGGGCCUUCAGUGAUCUUCACAGCCUGCAGAGGCUCUAUCUCUCUGGGAACAGACUGAUGGCUUUCCCCCUGGGACUGUUUUGGGAACCUGAAGGGCCCCAUAAUCUGACCUUUCUCGAUUUAUCAUAUAACAGGCUCUCCAAGGUGCCCGUUCAGAACCUGCUGUCUCUCACCCAGCGAGGUGGAAUUUAUUUGCAGGAAAACCCUUUGGUUUGUGACUGUGCUUUACUUGCCUUGCUGGAGUACUGGAUGUGGAAACAGUAUCGCCCCCUGGUGGACUUCAGAGGUGAAUACCCAUGUAGAGACGAGUCAGAACAAGGGUCUGAAUGUAGGCAGCAGGUAGUGUCAGAUGUGCCCCUUGAGGCAAAGACUUACCAAGUAGAACCUGGUAAUUGGCUACGAGUACCAUGUCCAGGUUUGGCUUCCCCAGCCGUUACGAGCCCGGUGGUGUUUUGGGUUACUCCCAGGGCUGUGGUGAAUUCAUCCACCAAUGAUCCAAAUACCCAUCUGAUAGUUUUUCCCAAUGGCACUCUGGAAAUCCAGUCAGCCCUGAUGGAGGAUUCUGGUAUGUAUGGGUGCGUGACAGCUCGCAGGCGCCAUUAUAACCCCAACGAGUUUCUGGAAGUGAAUGUGGUGGUCGGAAACUUAAGUACGACUUCCACCAGUGGCUUGGUACAUCGCAGCAGUGCAGAGCAUUUUAACACAGCAUUCACCACCCUGGCUUCCUGUGUGGUCAGCAUCAUACUGGUGUUGCUCUAUCUCUACCUCACUCCCUGUCGAUGCGGGGACAGCCGAGGCGGAGGAUCCAGAGGGUGUGGCGGACGAGCCAUUAUCCUUUGUUCAGACCCCAGAGAGUUAGAAUCAGGACAGCGGCGGUCAAAUGGAAAGAGAGUGGCUUUCUUAGAGCCUCAGACAGAGGACUCUGAUAUUGGUGUCCCAAAAACGCCAGCAAUGAACUUGGGUCAUGUUACCACUGAGGGAAUUCUCAAGAAUGGAAAUAGGACAGUGGGACAGACCCUCACAGACCCUGCUCACAUGGCAUAGCAAAAUUUGCAUUCUCCUCUAUUAUUGCAGUCUGAAUCCAAGUGAUUUUUUUUACUGUAUUGUUUCGGUACACAAUGAGAUAAUCCAUUUGAUGUGAAGUAGUGUACUGUCUGUGAUCCUUGUGAAGUAGUUAUGCGCUGUAGGGUUUGGGUGUUUUUUCUGAAGCAGAAAUUGCAAUUGUUUUAUGGGCAGAAUUUCAAUCAUGUCUCGACUGUAAGUGCUGUCUGUUUUGUUAUAUGAAGCUCAUAUGGAAAUUUCACUGUUAAUGCGGGAAAUUGUUACUGCAAAGAUCGCAAAGAUCAGAUAAAUGUGGGUGUUUUAAAUUGUGCUGGGGGGAAUAUUCACACCUGACUUGACAAACUGCUAGAGACAUUGAUGGUAUUAUACGGUAUAUCUAUUGUUAAUAUUGCCAUCACAGUUACCCUUGUUACUUUUGACCAUCUGUCUCUGUACAAUAGAAUGUAGCAUUUGCAAAACAUCUCACUCUUGUGUGAAAUGAUCUGAACUGUGAUGCUGUGCCAGGUCAUAUUGUGUCUGCUGUGUACCCUCUUCAAAUUAUGUUAAUAAAAUUUGAUUCAUGGAUAUAUAUUUAUAUUUAUAGAACCAUGUGA